UUUGUCAUUAGUGCUGUGCUUUCAUCAUACUUCCUGAGUGAGCGGCUGAAUAUCCACGGGAAAAUUGGCUGUUUGCUGUGCAUCUUCGGUUCCACUGUUAUGGUGCUCCAUGCUCCGCAAGAGGAAGAGGUUGCUUCUCUGACUGCAAUGGCAGAGAAACUGAAAGAUCCAGGAUUCAUCGCUUUUGCUGUCUGCAUUGUCGUCAGCAGCCUGGCCCUGAUCUUCUUUGUCGCACCUCGCUACGGUCAGAAGAAUGUGCUGGUGUACAUCCUCAUCUGCUCUGUGAUUGGUUCAUUGUCUGUGUCGUGUGUGAAAGGCCUUGGCAUUGGGAUCAAAGAGCUGUUCGCUGGAACGGCCGUUCUGAAAGAGCCGCUGUUCUGGGCCCUUCUCAUAUGCCUUGUGAUCUGCAUCAGUAUCCAGAUAAGCUACCUUAAUAAAGCCCUUGACAUCUUCAACACUUCUAUAGUUACACCUAUUUACUAUGUCUUCUUCACCACAUCUGUCAUGGCUUGUUCAGCCAUCUUGUUCAAAGAGUGGCUUCAAAUGUCUGCCGACGGGGCUGCUGGGACUGUUAGUGGCUUUCUUACCAUCAUCGUUGGCAUUUUUCUUCUCCAUGCGUUCAAGGAUAUCAACUUUAAGCUGGACUCUCUACCUUUAUAUCUGCACCUUGGCCCUCAAGACCAACCAUACAUUGCUUUGCCAACCGAAGAGAGAACUACUAUGAUGGAUGAAAGCAAUCUGACUAAAGAAAGAAAUGCAAAGAGCUUUUUUCCUGAGAGUUCAGACAAAAGGAGCAAUGGUACAUUUAUUACUUAGCAUAGUAUCAGCAAAAAUGCUUACGUGAGUGACUACUAAAACACCGACGUAUGCUACUGUACAGGCAUACAGUGCAAACCAUUAAUACUGUGAGAGUACUUUAAUUUGCUUUUUUUUUUAGUAUACAAUAUUUACUAA